AUGGAAAUUUUCAAAAUUCAUCGACAAAAACGUUUGGUGAUAAAUUAUACUUGUCAACAAACAUCCCUACUUGAUUCUUGUGUUCUAGAUAAAGCAAAAGAAUUUACUUUUUAUCCUUGUGUGCGGAUGGAGAAAAGCAGCAGCGCAAAUCCUUAUGACGAUGACAUUAAACGAGAACGAGGUUACGAUUAA